UGAAAGUGUUCCGAAUGGUCGCCCUAUGUCAGAAGUUCGGUAAAGAUGGUAAACUUGGAUAUUGAAAGUUUUCUGUGGUUUUUGGGCAAGCCGUGAGCUGAUCUGUGUGUUCCAUCUGUGCUUUUCCAUCACUGUGGCAUCCAGUGUAUUGUCUUAAAGAUGGCCAUGCGGGAUCUGGUGGAUCGGGACUGUGGGGGAUCAAAUGCUCUGAUGAAACUCACCACUCAUUUCACCCACGACAGAGCAUUAAGACAGGAAGGAAUUCAGUAUGCCACCCCAAGAGCUCAUGGCCCAACUGCAAAACCAUUUGGGGAGGCAUCAGAAGCUGAGCUGGUGGAUGAGUUUUUGUCCACCCAACAGAUCCACGCUGCGCCUCAGACCUUCCACAUGGGCAGUUUGCUCCAGGAGAUGAGGGAGAUAGAGGAAGCAGAGCAGAGAUAUGUACCUCAGAGAGCCCCAGGUAUCGCCGACAUGGCGCAGGCAGCUAAUUGGGCAGAAGAAUUUGUUGGAGAGGAGCCAGGCAGAUCAAGUGACCAAUGGGCAUCAGAGUUAGUCCAUGAAAGGGGAAAUGUACCAGUGCGGAAUGAUGAUGUGAGAUGGGCACAAGAUUACUUGGCAAUCACAGAACCAAAGACAUGGACGGAUGAAUAUGAAACACAGUUCAACAAUCCCAAAUGGGUGGAGGAAUAUAAGGGGGAAGAGGAUGAGUUGGCAAAAACAGCAAACGAACUCCUGGGCACCAUAGAUAAUCCAAAAUUUAAUAAUUCUGAGUUUCUUAAAUUUGUUAAGAGGAUAGGAGAUGGAGAGCUGACUAUUAAAGAUAAUGAAGUCAUAGAGAAAUCAACUGCUGAUCAGUGGGUGCAGGAGUUUGAGAAAGAGUCUAAAACAUUGGUUGAUCGUUGGGAGGAGGAAUUUGUCAAACAACAGGCCAAAGUAGGAGAACCCAUCACAGAUGAAGAGUUUUGGAGCCGCUUAAAGGAUACCUGGGGACAGGUCGACCAAUCUCAGGACUCAGGGCACCCCUGGCUAACAGAAUUUGAGCAGACUCAGGAUCCGUAUCAGGAGUACAAGUUUGAGGAAGAUAAUCCAUUAAAAGAUCAUGAGAAUCCAUUCCAGGAGGGUGUGGACAGACUGGCAAUAGGGGACAUUCCUAAUGCUGUACUCUGUUUUGAGGCAGCUGUACAGAAAGAUGAGAAUCAUGUGGAGGCCUGGCAGUAUUUAGGAACUUCUCAGGCUGAGAAUGAACAAGAACCAGCGGCUAUUGCAGCCCUCAAACGGUGUGUUAAGCUUUCCCCAGAUAACCUCACAGCCUGGAUGGGACUAGCUGUCAGCUAUACAAAUGAGUCACUUCAGCCACAGGCUUGCCAUGCCCUUAAAACAUGGCUUCGGCACAACCCACCUUACUCUCACUUGGUGACUGACAUGACAGAUGAAGACAAGCAGCCUGUUGUGUCUUCAUACAUGCACAGCUCUCAGAUGAUGGCUGUCCAGGAAUUGUAUUUACAAGCGGCCAGGCUAUCUCCAGAUAAUAUUGAUCCAGAUGUUCAGAGUGGCCUGGGAGUGCUGUUUAACCUGAGUGGGGAGUAUGACAAGGCUGUAGACUGUUUCACAGCUGCCCUUCAGAUCAGACCUAAGGAUGCUCUAUUGUGGAACAGACUGGGUGCGACCUUAGCCAAUGGGAACCGCAGUGAGGAGGCUGUGGAUGCCUAUCACAAUGCUCUGGAAAUCUCCCCAGGCUUCAUCCGAUCUCGGUACAACCUGGGCAUUGCAUGUAUAAACCUAGGUGCCCACAGGGAGGCUGUUGAACAUUUCCUGGCAGCACUAAACAUGCAGCGCGAGAGUAAAGGCCCCAAAGAUGAGCGCUCAGCCAUGUCAAACAAUAUCUGGAGCACAAUGCGUAUGGCGAUAUCAUUACUAGGCCGAUCAGACUUGUAUGAUGUGUGUGAGAAAGCUGAUCUUGAUAGAUUAAAUCAGGAAUUUGGAAUGAGUGUAUGACCUUUACCUGCAGUGCCUGAAGGUCGAGCGAUACCUUAUCUAUUCAGGAAAUGUAUCAUCUCUAGGACGUGUCCGAGAACUGCUGAGUCACUCCUGCCACAAUCGAUAUUACCUGGAGUAUUAAAGUUGAUCUUCUCCUGACAUUUCUGUUUUAUAAUUUGUUGUAAUAUAUGUGUAUAUUAAGGAAUGAAAGAAUGUAUGAUUAUGGCAAUAUUUCAGCCAUUUUGUGGCAAUAUGUGUAUUAAAACUGAUUAUAAUGUGAAGAACUAGGUAUGCAUGAUUAUUUGCUUGGAUAUGUGUCUGUAGUAAGUUACGAUAAAGUUACAUUUUUUUUUGCACAUUUUUAAUUUAAUUACUUUUUUUAAGACGGAGAAACACAUUUUUGUGAAAGGCUAAACCAUUUGUAACAUGUUUUCAUUUGAUUAUUGUUGCAAUAUUUUCCUUUGUAACCAAACAUAUCUCCUCUGUUGAAAUUUACUUUUUGUGCUUCUCUGCAGUAUUCUUAUUGGAGGUUCGUAAAAAAAAUGAUUUUGAAUGAUGUUUUUGUAGUAAGUUGUUAUGAACAGUUGUGUCUGUAAGAAUGUACUGAUGACUUAUUUGGUUGUGAUUAUUAGAAAUAUCUAAAAGUUUCCAGUGAAAGAAACGGUAGUGAUGUCAAUCAGUAGACACCUGAGUAAGAACAGGUGGCACAAUUCACUACAAAGAGAAUUGUGUAUUAAAAGUGUCUGAUUUACUGAACGCAAAUAGGAAGAUAUAAAUUCAUUGUUUAUCCGUUAGUGUGUGAAAGGAACUAAAUAAAGCAGUUCUGAUACACAUUGAUUUAUCAGUAUAUACAGGUUACGAAUCAUGUGAAAUACAUGUACAUUUGUGUGCAUGUAUGCAUGGGACAGUUGUGGCGAUCUAAAUCAUGUACUAACGUGUCGCCUAGUGUAAGUAUAUAAAUGUACAUAAUGAAGUACAUGUAACUAUUUUACCUCUGUUAAUUGCUUAAGUGAUCUAAAUAUCUCUUACUUAUUGAUGUAUACAUGUACAUAUUGUUUUAUAUAUAGUUGUAAACUGGCUAGUCAGUGUUCCUGCCUUCAACAUGUUCAAAAUCUAGGGGACACAAAUUUCAUGAUUAAAGGAAACAUUAACACCAGUAUUUUUGUAUACGGUUUUCACAUUUAGAAUGAGUGGGGUGAGUCUACUUCUAAUAGUCUGUUCACACAGUGAAUGUUAAAUAAAUUUGUGUGAUUAGCCUCGAAGCGUGAAGGCCUUAUAAAAUAGGGUGAAAAAUAGGGUGCUAAUUGAAGCGUAAAAAGUCACACUGUGUCAAGUUACUAAGCCAGUCACUGACAGAUUUUCAAAGUCGGAGAAAAUUAUUGUUACAUGUACCAAAAUAGACUGGUACAUGGAACUAUGUGCUCAUUAAAUGCAAAAUUUAAUAAAAUAAAUGCAAUGAA